AUGCCGGCGACACGCACGACGCCGAAGGAUGUGCUCAUCCGAGUGCCCAAAGUGGAGCCGUAUUCGAAUCGAUACGUCCCCCCAUCGGCGCGUGCGCGGGAGGAGGCCAAGCGGUUGGCUGCAGCAGCCGUACCCGAAGGAUCGACAUCGACGCUCGAUGUGGGUGUCAUAGCAACCUCGACCACUGAUGCAACCGCCACAAUGCCACCGCCGGGAACAAGAGAGGUAAUCGAACCCAUCGAACAGGGAUCGAAGGAACGCGGCAACUCGCCAACCUUACCCUUCCUCUCGAUCGACCGCGAGGAGGAACGAACCGUCGAACUGUCCAAAGCGGCCACCUCGUCGGCGGGAUGGAACAGCCUCCUUGUGUGGGCGAGACGACAACGCGGUGCACAGUGGGACGAAUCCACCGCCCUCUGGCAGGUCGAUCGCGGUUCCAAGGAGUAUUACAGCUUCGGAGAGAAUCCCGCUACCACCCGACGCGGCGAUAAGCAAAAGGAAACAACAACAACAACAGCAACAACAGCAACAGCACCGGUAGUGGUCGAGGAGGACGAGGAUAAGGGACCAACACGCGUGUCUGCGAGGAAGAUCGAGGAAGCCUCGGGAGCCAGCCCACCACCCGUCUCCAGCGGAAGAACAAUACGUCUGCUCCGCAGAUGA